UACGCUCGAGCGUCUUCCAGUACGCGACUCGUGUGCACGAGGUAAACACGGCAUCCUAUGCCAAUUAGAAUGGAAUGAUACGUAAAGAGUGAGAGAGAAUUUCGUCACUUCCUGUCUGCUCGAUCGUAGAGCUAGCUAAGACAUGUACGGUUUCGUGAAUUACGCUCUCGAGCUCCUCGUUGUGAAGAACUUUGGCAGCAAAACAUGGGAUGAGAUAAAGAAAGAUGCUGCUAUUAAUAUGGACGGACAAUUUUUAGUACGACAAAUUUACGACGAUGAAAUUACAUAUAAUCUUAUAGCAGCGGCUGUUAAUCGAUUGAACAUUCCUGCGAACGAUAUAUUGGAAUUGUUCGGACGAAUGUUCUUUGACUUCUGUCAGGAUUCUGGAUACGACAAAAUCCUUCAAGUUCUUGGGGCAACACCUAGAGAUUUUUUGCAGAAUCUAGAUGCUCUUCACGAUCAUUUGGGUACCUUGUAUCCUGGAAUGAGGGCACCAUCUUUUCGAUGUACAGAAAGACCAGAGGAUGGUGCUUUGGUAUUGCAUUAUUAUUCGGACCGACCGGGUUUGGAAUAUAUCGUUAUUGGAAUUGUUAAGACCGUGGCGAAAAAGCUUCACGGGACAGACGUGGACAUGGAGAUCCUGAAGACGAAAAACGAAUGUGAUCAUGUUCAAUUUUUGAUAACCAAUACAUCGGGACCCGGUGUCGUUUCAAAUUCUAUGAUCGUCGAACAUGAAAUGUUGUCUGCCGAACCAAAGGUGAGCCCGACUACGUUUUGCAGAGUGUUUCCUUUCCAUAUUAUGUUCGACCGGGAUCUCACAAUAGUGCAAACAGGCUACACCAUCACUCGUAUUUUACCACAAGUCUGCAGUGGUAAUUGCAAAUUAACCGACAUACUUUUCGCCGUCAGGCCGCAUUUGGAAUUAACAUUUGAAAACAUACUGUCACACAUAAACACUGUCUACGUGUUGAGGACUAAAAAAGGAGCGAUGCGUGUUGCAUCCUCGGAAGAAUACGCGUAUCUACGUUUGAAGGGUCAAAUGUUGUACAUACCUGAGAGUGAUCUGACGAUUUUCCUUUCUUAUCCCAGUGUCAUGAAUCUCGACGAUCUUACGAGACGUGGUUUAUUCCUGAGCGAUGUGCCACUACACGAUGCAACGAGGGACCUCGUCUUGAUGUCGGAGCAGUUUGAAGCGGAUUAUAAGUUGACAAGAAACUUGGAAUUACUCACCGAUAAGCUACAGCAAACGUAUCGUGAACUCGACGGUGAGAAGCAAAAGACCGACAGGUUACUAUACUCUGUAUUGCCGAUUUCCGUGGCGAACGAACUUAGACAUUCGAGGCCAGUACCCGCGAAGAAAUACGAUUGCGUGACACUUCUCUUUUCGGGAAUUGUCGGGUUUGGUGCUUAUUGUGCAGCUCAUACAGAUUCUGGUGGUGCUAUGAAGAUUGUUAACAUGCUCAAUCAAUUGUAUACUGCUUUCGACGUCCUUACGGAUCCAAAGAAGAAUCCCAAUGUUUACAAGGUGGAAACUGUAGGCGACAAAUAUAUGGCGGUGAGCGGAUUACCGGAGCCAUGUCGUUGUCAUGCACGAUGUAUAGCACGACUUGCGCUCGAUAUGAUGGAUCUUGCCGCGGACGAGGUCCAAAUCGAUGGAGACCCUGUGAAAAUCACCAUCGGUAUACACAGUGGUGAAGUUGUAACUGGAGUAAUCGGACAUCGUAUGCCACGAUAUUGUCUAUUUGGAAAUACCGUAAAUCUUACUAGUCGAACAGAAACCACCGGAGAACCUGGUAAAAUAAAUGUUUCGGAGGAUGCUUACAGGUACUUGUGUAUGCCAGAGAAUCAAGAUCCACAAUUUUUGUUGGAAUACAGGGGUCCGGUGACUAUGAAAGGAAAAUCAGAACCAAUGAACGUAUGGUUCUUGUCUAGAGAAGUGGAGUUAAAUUCAUAAAACGAUCACAAAGAAGAAUAUUUCUGUCCAUCAUAAUCGUCGAGACUAUCGUUACAGCAAUAAAACAGGAGAUCCCGAUAGACCAUUAGCUUCUACAUAAAAUAUUAUAACGUGAAAUAAAAUCGUUAAUUGCAGGAA